CUACAAUGGAGAAAUAUGUAUUCUCAAUGUUGAUCUUUAUGGUAGUACUGCUUUCAAUUGCAGGGUGUGCAACUGCCUUAGUGCGUUGUGGUAAUUGUGGCCGCAAUCCAGUACCUUACCCUCUCAGCACGGGACCUAAUUGUGGAGAUCAAGCCUACAAGAUUCGGUGCACUGCAGGGGCACUAUGGUUUGAUGCUCUAAAGGGAUCUUACAUGAUCAUAUCCAUCAACCCCAUGACUCAGCGGAUAGUUCUCCGGCCCCCAAAUCUUUUGGGUAAUAGUUGCAUUUCGAGUGAUAUCAGCACACAAGGAAUCCAGCUUGAUGAUAAUCUCCCUUUCAACAUCACUAGCAGUAACACCAUUUUGUUGCUGAACUGUACCGACGCAAUGUUUCACUUGCAAGCACCCAUAAAUUGUACAUCAACAAGCAUAUGUCAUUACUAUAUAAAGGAUAAUGCAGCGGCAUGCAUGAGGAGUCCUAUCUGUUGUGUGUUCAAGACUGGCGGUUCACAAACCGCAUAUGUGGUGAGAAUUCAUGAUAGAGGUUGUCUAGCCUAUCAGAGCUUCGUGAACUUUGACACUGUAAAUCCUCCAAAGAAAUGGCCUCAACCUGGUUUAGAGAUCGAGUGGGCAUUGCCACUAGAACCGGCUUGCAAGGCACCUAUGGAUUGCAAGAACUUGUUUCAUUCCAAGUGCUUAGCCGAUCCAGCAAAUGUUGGAACAACCAGGUGCUUGUGCAACAAAGGAUUUACCUGGGAUCCUGUCAACGGAUUAUGUACGAAAUGCCGACCAGGGAAACGCUGCAAAAAACAAAAGAAGCAGAUAGUGCUCAUUGGUGGUAUAACGGCUGUACUGGGAGGACUUUCACUUGCUAUAAUGAUCGGAAUUAUAGUUUACAAGCAACACCGGCGCAUAAAGAAAGAAACGCAGAAGAAUCUGAUCAAGGAAAGGGAAGAGAUGUUAAAUGCCAGAAACAAUGGCAAAUCAGCCAGGGUUUUCACUGGCAAAGAAAUAAAGAAAGCGACCAAUAACUUCUCUGCGUCGAACCUUGUAGGAUCUGGAGGUUUCGGUGAGGUCUUCAGGGGCAUUCUUGAUGACGGAACUGUAACAGCAAUCAAACGUGCAAAGGUUGGGAACACCAAAGGAACUGAUCAAGUCCUCAAUGAGGUCCGAAUACUUUGCCAGGUGAACCAUAGGUGCCUGGUAAGACUCCUAGGCUGUUGUGUUGAGCUUGAGCAGCCUCUCAUGGUUUACGAGUUCAUCCCCAAUGGGACCUUGUUUGAUCACCUCCAUUGCCAUAUUUCCGGAAAAUAUGCUCCCCUCACAUGGCGACAUCGCCUUCGCAUUGCUCACCAGACUGCAGAAGGCCUUGCUUAUCUCCACUCAGCAGCAGUUCCACCCAUUUACCAUCGUGAUGUGAAAUCAAGCAACAUUUUACUUGAUGAAAAGCUUGAUGCUAAAAUUUCCGAUUUCGGUCUGUCUCGGCUGGUUGAAAGAACAGAAGGCGGUGAUAGUCAUAUUUAUACCUCGGCCCAAGGAACUGUCGGAUAUCUUGACCCAGAAUAUUACCGUAGUUUUCAGCUUACUGAUAAAAGUGACGUUUAUAGCUUCGGGGUUGUUCUUCUUGAGCUCUUGACUUCAAAGAAGGCCAUAGAUUUUAACAGAGAAGAUGAGAACGUGAGUUUGGUGGUUUACAUGAAAAAUAUAAUGAAUGAAGAGAAACUGAUGGAUGUUGUAGAUCCAGUAAUCAAAGAAGGAGCUAAAAAGUUAGAACUCGAAACCAUUAAAGCAUUGGGGCUAUUAGCAGCAUCAUGCUUGGAUGACAAGAGACAACACCGACCUUCCAUGAAGGAAGUCGCCGAUGAGAUUGAAUACAUUAUCAGCCUUGUUGCUGGUGAGGUUUCAGAGAAGUAAAUGCCAUAAUAGCUAGCACCCGCAAUCAAUUGUUAAAGUAACCCAGAGUUGAUUUUCUAACUUAUCCUUAAAAGUAAAACAUGCAGUUUCAAUCAUAUUUUGCACAACAUGAAGAUUCUGG